AAUGUGAGAUGCUGUGGGAGAAUGCUCUCCAUGGAUUACCUGAAAAGGAUUAUUUAACACAGUCCAAACAAAAAUGAAACCUUGGUAACAUCCUGUGUUGUCAGCCAGCGUACAUUUUUGGGAAAUUUAGUUAAUCGUCAACUGCAGGUCAUAAUGAGACUGAAAACACUAGACUGGUCAGACAAGGUUCUCCUAUCACUAAUGGAGAACGAUAUUUAUAGAAAAAUUCUCUAGGACUUAGAUAUUUCUCAGCGUCCUGAGGCAAAAUGUUUCGUCUUGGACAGUCCUUCAUAUGGUGUGUUUUACUAUCUUCGUGUAUGUCAGCUUGGAGCUUGGAGAUGACUGAAUAUGACAAUCAAGACAUUAUUUGUUCACAGGGCCUCUCUGAUUGCACUUUGAAGAAUGAAAUGUUCCUCCUGAUCACUGAGAAUGACGUUGUAGAUAUCGUGAACCUGGUGCCAAAGGUGAAACUGUGCUGCAAAGAUAGAUCAUGUAUACUGUGUCUGGCCAUCGACAUCGGAGUUGAUAUUCAUCCAGAUAAAGAUGUGGAGAGUCGCUCUGCACUUGGAGAAGAUGAUUACAGUGGGGAUGCAAGGAAUAUGACAGAGGUUAAAAGACAGUUUCAGCUGCCUGGACUCAUAUUGGAGGGUGUCGUCAUGGAGAGAGCUGCUGUGAGCAUCGCCCUCCUAGGGGUGCUGCUGGCUGUGGUCACCACACUACCAAACAAGGACGACUGGGACAUCUACAGCUUCCACAUCAACUCUACAGUGAGCAGUCGUUAUGCCACCACUGUCAUCACCAGCCGUGUGGCCAAUCGUAUGGACGAGUCAAAGGAAAUUGAGUUCCAUGUUCGUAUUCCAAAGAACGCCUUCAUCAGUAAAUUCAGAAUGUUUAUGGAUGGGGAAGUGUACGAUGGUGUUGUGAAAGCUAAGGAGCAGGCUCAGCAGCAGUACACUGAGGCUGUGUCCCGAGGCCAAAGUGCAGGGAUUGUCAGUUCUGUUGGGAGGACCCUAGAGGAGUUUAAGACCUCUGUGAAUGUGGCUGCUCACAAAAAGGUGACCUUUGAACUCACGUAUGAGGAGCUGCUGAAACGUAAGCUCGGUAAAUAUGAGCUCCAAAUCCAUGCUCGGCCCAUGCAGCCUGUUAAAGAUUUCAAGGUUGAUGUGUACAUCCAUGAGGAAGCCGGCAUUAAUUUCUUGGAAGUUAAAGGAGGACUGAGCACCAAAGCUCUGGGAAACGCAAUCACCAAAACACUUGCAGACAAACAGGCGUGGGUUUAUUUCUACCCAACAGAAGAUCAACAGAAAACAUGUGACAGCUGUGGAGAGCAGGGUAUGAAUGGAGAUCUGGUGAUUGUUUAUGAUGUCAACAGGGACACCACAUUAGGAGACAUCACGGCAUCUGCUGGGUAUUUUGUUCAUCAUUUUGCUCCAUCUAGUCUGACUCGCAUUCCAAAAAAUGUUGUUUUUGUUAUUGACCAAAGUGGUUCCAUGAGCGGCAGAAAAAUACAUCAGACCCGAAUAGCUUUAAUCCAUAUACUGAAUGAUCUGGCAGAAGAAGAUUUUUUUGGUCUCAUCACUUUUGAUGGUAACAUCUUUCAUUGGAAACGAGAACUUGUUCAAGCAAACCAGCAAAAUGUGGGAAGUGCCAAGGAAUUUGCACGGAAUAUUCGUGACAGAGGAUCCACAGACAUUAAUAGAGCGGUGCUAGAAGGUGCACGAAUGCUGAAUGCACAUCCAAGAGAAGGUUCAGCAUCUAUCCUUAUACUCCUCACUGAUGGAGACCCAACAUCCGGAGAGACAAAUCGUGAAAGAAUACAAUCAAAUGUAAAAAAGGCCAUCGCAAGUAAAUUCCCCCUCUACUGUCUUGGAUUUGGUUUUGAUGUCAAUUUUGAGUUCCUUGAGAGCAUGUCACUGCAGAACGAUGGUGUGGCACGGCGGAUUUAUGAAGACUCUGAUGCUGAUUUGCAAUUGAAGGGUUUCUAUGAAGAGGUGGCCACUCCACUGUUGACUGAUGUGACGAUGAUCUAUAUUGGUGGGACUAAUCUAACCCAGACUAACUUCAGUCAGUAUUAUAAUGGCUCUGAGAUUGUGGUAGCCGGUCAGAUCACUGACAACAACAUUGAAACCUUCACUCCACAAGUUCUGGCCAUCUCUAGAAAUACAAGAAUGACAUUUACAAACACCGACGUCACAGUGGAAUUAACUGGGACAAUAUCCGACAACCGCAUCCAGAGGGUCUGGGCCUACCUCACAGUCAAACAACUUCUGGAGAAAGAGCUGCAAUUAUCUGGACCUGAAAAAGAGACGGUGAAGAAAGAAGCCAUGGAGUUAUCACUCAAGUACAGCUUUGUGACUCCACUUACAUCCAUGGUGGUCACCAAGCCCCCAGGUGAAAGAACAGAUGUACUUCAUAAACCCAAGGAAGGAGAAAGACUUGAUCAUCACAGUCAAGGACCUGCAACAGGUGCAGGUGUAGGUGCAGCUGGUCGUGGAGGUGGAGGUAGAUGGCGCCCAUUUGGCAGCGGUUACGCAUCUGGUCCACCUGGUCGACCUGGUCUGCCUGGUCCACCUGAUCUGUCUGUGGCAUAUGAUAUGGAUUAUGAAGUUGUAGCUGCCACUAUGAUAUCAAACACAGCUAUCGAAACGCCACCUCCUGUACCAACACCUCCUGUUUCCCCUGUUCACAGGUUUUUAACAAAAGCCGAGCAUCUGUCCCUUCCACUAUGCUUUGAUGUCUCAAACACCCGUCUUAAACUUCUCCACCAUCCCAACUGGCAACUUUCUGUGAAUGGUGAGCUUGAUUCAGCACCAAAUGGAGGCUUUCAAAGGAUUGUCAUCCACUUCCAAACUAACCUGACUAUUGAGGUCGACACCAGUGGAUUCACUGUUAGAGAGGGACAGAUAUCCACACGUUACGCAGGACAGGAUAACAUCGCUGCUGGAAGAGCGACUGUGAUCAAACGGGACAAGGAGACAGAUAUUACUGUUGGAGAGACACGUCUGGUCAUCUUACUUCAUGAAACAGCUGGAAAACAAUUCCUCUGGCCGGUUUUAAGACAGGUGCCAUCGGACAACAACACGGAGGGAAUUUUAGUUUUAAAGCCAGAAGCUCGUGAGGAAGUGCAACAGUCUGUAACAAAAGUAAAGAUCAACGACCAGGAGAUUAAUGUUACCAGAUCCCAUGCUGCUGAUUACAGUGUGGCAUCCCCCCCAUCACUGAACUGUUGGCUCACGUCUGCUGAGUCAGUUCUGCAGAGACCCCUGGACCAUUUCACUGUCACAGCCCUGUAACUGGGAGCUAUACUGGCACACCUUAAAUGACACCAUCUUAACAAAAAAUAGGCAAACACUGAAACAUCAGGCAUAGGAAGUUUACCACCUGUUGCAAAGAUAAAUAAAUAAAUAGUAUCCCAGGAGUCUGGUUGUUUUGUAUUAAGUUUAUGGUCUAAUAUUUACCCAAAGGAUUGUUUGGAUAAUGCCUCUGUUUCAUUUUGUUCAAAUAUGCUUUCACACAUGAAGACUUAUGUGUUUGUCUAGUAUCUUCACCAAGAACAUUAUGCGAUCACUGCAGCACCUGUCCAACUUUCAGCAGACUUCUACAAAAACUACUGCACCAGUUUUCAUGAAAGAAUGAUGAUUUUUUUAAAGAACGUUUUUCACUUUUAAUUUUUAAGUUCUUUUUCUUUUUUUUUUUUUUUUUUUACA